AUGCAAACUGCUGCAACCGUACCAACUCAGGCUGAUCAGCUGUUCGAGUGAGUACACGCGCGGACUUGGAUGACGGCUUUGCUGAUUGCUACCACAGGAAGCUCGAGUGCGAUCGCAUGAUCAAGAUCUCCAUUGAAGAGGAGAACACACCCGUUCUGGUACCCGAGUCCACACUACGCCGCGCCUCUCAAUAUUUCUGCGGUGCACUCGAUCAUGCCCAUCUGGGUAACGGCCAGCGCGACACUCUGAAAUUUCCGGAGACGAAGCAGACUUGGAAGAUUCUACUACUCUGGAUCGUCACCGGCCAGGGGAUUGAGUUCGAGGAAUUGGAUUCCGACGGAUUAGAUGACUCCCGACCUAUUCUUCCCCUGAGUCGUGCUUGGAUCGCAGCUGACAAGUACCUCAUGGCCCCGUUGCAAGACAAGAUCAUGCUUGAGAUUAUCCGUGCCCUUGAAUCACAUGAGUUGGAUAUCAACACGGCGAAGGAGGUCUUUGAAAACACUGCACCAGAUUCAAAGCUGCGGCGGGUGGCUGCCGAGGAGGUGACUUUUGAGCUAUCUAUAGGAUUCCUCGAACAUGAGGCUCUUCAGGCUCUGGAAAGCGCUGUGGGUGGUUCAAUGUCUGUGCUGAAGGUAUACAGCCGCGUCACUGAUGUUGAGGACCUCCCCAAUCAUCGUGCCGACCUGCCCUUGGACCUUUGGCGAGAGUAUAUGGUACAAGAGCGCUGCAAAGUCAUUGACUGGAACGAAGUCUGA